AUGUCCCAUCAAAUAGAGGUGCCGGGCAAGCAGAGAGGGCGAACAUUGAAACAAGUUGCAGCUGCCCGUGAGAAAGAUGCCUUUCCCAUUGGAUUCUGGGAAUAUCCUGAAAUGAGGGACAUCUCUAAUCCUGGCCAGAAGAUUGUGCCAUCACAGGGAGAUUCCACAAGAAAACAUAACCCAAGAUGUAACCCAGACAUCUUGAAAGAAAUUCUCCUCUUACACAGUAAUCAAAAAAUCUCUACAAACAACGAAGACGACCAAGUCAAGUGGCAGGAAAUGCCAUGGAUUCCACCUGCGAGAACUCAGACAGAGCUGAAAUCAAAGGCGCGGAUGGAUCAUCAGAACCACCUGCUUCAUUUGCAGGCUGAAAUGUACAUGGGUGUGAGCAUCCACAAAUACUGUCCACGUGGGAAAGCCUUAGGGGGAGACAUCUCCCUUAGGACACGAGGGACGCCCCUGAAAGAGAAACCUCGUCAUUCUCAUCAGUGUGAAAACACCUUCCUAUAUAACUCUCUCCCUGCCGGGCAGACGCAACUCUACGAGGCAGAGACAAAUAAUGAUAAUAAUCAAAGUGGGAAGACAUUUGUCCCUGUUCCGAGUUCUGAUUCACACAGGAGAACUUCGAUGGGAGGGAAAAGCUAUAAGUGCAGGGACUGUAGGAAGGCCUUCGUGUAUCAAUCGUCCCUUAAGAAACACAUGGAAAUUCACACGGGAGAGAAGCCCUACGCAUGUGAGAAUUGUGGGAAAACCUUCAGAUAUAUCUUACACCUUAAUAAAUAUAUGAGAAAUCACAAACUGAAGACCUCUGAAUGUCCGGAAUGUGAGAAAAGCUUCAACAAGUCCUCAAAGCUUAAGAAACAUAUUAGGAUUCACACUGGAGAGAAACCCUAUAAAUGUCAGGAAUGUGGGAAAACCUUCAAUAAGUCCUCAAAGCUUAAGGAACAUUCUAGGAUUCACACUAGAGAGAAACCCUAUAAAUGUAAGGAAUGUGGGGAAAGCUAG